AUGCCAUUCUUCCAACCCAAAGUCACCCCGUUGCCCUCAGGCAUUGACCUUCAAGGCAAAUCGGCUGUAAUAACGGGCGCCAGCGCAGGCCUCGGCCUCGAAACAGCCCGCCAACUCCUCACUCUAAACCUCUCCACUCUCGUCCUCGCCGUCCGCAACGAAUCCAAAGGCAAAGCCUGCAUGGAAGCUCUUCUAGCAGACCUAGACAUUAGCUCUAAAAGCCCAACCAUCAAGAUCCUCAAACUCGACGUCAACGACAACACCAGCAUCAUAUCCUUCAGCAAGACACUGCCACAAAUCCUCCCAGUCGUGGACAUCCUCAUUCUCAACGCAGGAAUCAGCCGUCUCAAACACAACCCCAGUCCAACCGGUCACGAAGAAAGCGUCCAAGUCAACUACCUCGCCAACACACUCCUCCUCGCCACUCUCCUCCCCUACCUAACCACCAGCGCCUCACAGACCGGCUCCCCAACAAGAAUUACCUGGGUCGGCAGCCGCAUGCACGAAAUAAUGACCAGUUUCCCCAAGAAGUCCCCCCUGGUCACUCAUACCUCGAUCCUGGAAUACCUCGACGCCAAAAGCACCAUCUCCCCGUUUUCCCGGUACGCGGAUAGCAAGCUGCUCUGCGCAAUGUUCAUGUACAGUCUUGCGCCGCGGGUGGAUCCGCGCAAGAUCGUGCUGAAUAUGGUUUGUCCAGGGAUGGUGGAUACGGGGAUUAGUGACUUUUUGCCUGUUUAUUGGAGGGUGCUGGUUGAUUUGGUCAAGGCUGUUAGGGCGAGGAGUGUGGAGGUUGGGGGAUGGUUGAUUGUCAAUGCGGCUGUUGUGGCGGGGGAGGAGUCGCAUGGGAGGUUUUUGGGGGAUAAGGAGGUUCUUGAGGUCUCGAAGUAUAUUCGGUCUGAGGCUGGGAGGGAGGUGCAGGAGAACUUGUGGGAUGAAACUAUGGUUGAGUUGAGGAAGAUUACCACUCUACCGGAGGAACUUAGAUGA